GUAAAGUAGCAGCAUGAGUAAUGGCCUAUUCUGACAUACUUUGUCCUACUUCGUAUAAUAGAUGUGGAUCACUCAAGUCUUGGAAUCUAUAGACGCCGGAUAAGAAUACGUAUCUGCUGGACGCACACGUCGUCUCUUCAGCAAUGCUGGCUGUACUUUAAGUACUUCAGUGAUUGAUCACCUAAGUUCCGUAAAUUGCUGCCUUCAACCGAAAUCGGAGAUAUAUGCUCCAGUGCUUCAUCGUUUAUCAACUCUCGUAUUAGUACUUGUUCUCGUCCUAACUACUCGUAUCGUAAAGUGAUAAUCAUAGCCUUUCACCACCACAGUGUUAUUUUGAACGGCGACUGGUACACCAACCUACAAGUUGAAAGUAAUGAUCAUUGCUUUGAAGUACUUUCAACGUCUUCGGAUACAUCUAUAAGCAACCUGAUAGACACAAUUCCCGUUCCCAAUUACAGUUGCCCAGCAAUGUCCGAUCACAAGAUGGCUACAUUCGAUAUCUUCGAAGCUACCAUAGAAGACCACAAAAAAGCACUCUCUUCGGGUGCCGUUACCAGCGUUGAACUAGUGACCAGCUACCUCAUUCGCAUUGGUAGAUACGACAACCGUGAUGGCCUCAAUGCAUUCACACUCUUCAAUCCCAAAGUCUUAGACGAAGCAGCCGCGUCAGAUGCAUGGCGGGCAUCUAGGAAACCUCCUAGGCCUCUAGAAGGUAUACCAUACACGCUGAAGGACAGCUACAAGUACGUUGGCCUCAGUGUGACCAAUGGUUCUCCCGCCUUGGAAGGGCUCCAAUCGAACGAGGACUCUGCUAUCGCUGCUCGGCUUCGUGCAGCGGGUGCCGUCAUGAUUGGGAAGACAAAUAUGCCUCCCAUGGCUGCUGGAGGUAUGCAACGGGGACUCUAUGGUAGAGCGGAGUCGCCAUAUAGUAAGAAGUACCUCACUGCCGCCUUUUCGUCUGGGUCUAGCAACGGAGCUGCCACGAGCACAACUACGAAUAUGGCCUGUUUCGGACUCGGAAGUGAGACAGUAUCCAGUGGGAGAAGCCCUGCGAGCAACAAUGCUUUGGUAGCGUACACUCCUUCUAGAGGAGUUCUAUCCUGCCGAGGCCUCUGGCCGCUGUAUGUCACCUGCGAUGUGCCUGUUCCCUACACAAGGACUGUCGCAGAUAUGCUCGAACUUCUCGCGGUCAUCGCCGAGCCUGACCAAGAGACUAAAGGGGACUUUUGGAGGGACCAGCAACAUGUCAAACUCCCCGUACCGCAAAAUGUGCAGUAUCAAGCACAGAAUCAGCCUAAUUCGCUGAAGGGAAAACGUAUAGGUGUGCCGAAGAUAUACAUCGGUCAACAAGACUCAGACCCUCACGCCAAAUCUGUCGUCACUAGUGACGCGGUACUCAAAUUAUGGCAAACUGCACGCGCUGACCUCGAGGCCCUGGGUGCUGAAGUCAUCCCCACAGACUUUCCACUCGUCACGAACUACGAAAACGACUCCAAGUCCAGAGAAGCUAACAAUGUCGAAGGAGCCCCGUCGGACUGGAAUCUAAUCGAACGAGGGUCUCUGAUCGCCAAAUCCUGGAACGAAUUCUUGAUCCAAACAAACGACGCGACAUUGAAGACCAUAGCAGACGUGAACCCGAACCUGCUCUUCCCGAAACCGCCCAACUACGUGCCAGAUACUUUCCUCGAAGUCCGGAACUGGAUCAAGUAUGCGGAACUGCCCAACUUCGCCACCGCAUACGACAACUGUUCUCUGAAAGAUCAUCCCGGUCUCGAAAAGGCCCUGCCAGCUCUAGAAGACCAGCGCAAACGGGAUCUAGAAGACUGGAUGGACGCACAGAAACUCGACUGCGUAGUCUUCCCAGCGAACGGUGAUGUCGGGCUCGCGGAUCUCGAAUUCGAACUCGAAAGUACGCGUCACUCAUUACAGAACGGUAUCAAGUACAGCAAUGGAAACCGUGCGAUUAGACACCUGGGGGUCCCCACGGUCAGCGUGCCGAUGGGCAAUAUGGAGGAGCGGGAGGGGAUGCCACUGAAUCUCACAUUCGCAGGUAAAGCCUACGAUGACGAGAAGUUGCUGGCAUAUGCAUAUGCUUUUGAGACGAAAACUAAAAGGAGGAGAGCUCCUACGUUGGCUCCGAAGCUUGAUACAGAUGUUAUACGCCUUGCACAUGCUUCUGCUACAGUUGGUGCACAUCUUAGUGCCACGGUCAAACCCAUCCCUGAUGCCACGGAUCCCAAAAUCGACAUCACUGGAACGGUGGCAUUCGACGAUGGCAUCGAGAACGCUUGUGUAGAAGUAUUUCUGGAUGGAGUCAAAGCAUGGGAAAAGUCCAUUCCUAGGGGAUCUGAGGUCAAUGGCGAGGGGUUAAAGAGCCCCUUCCAUGCUAUUCUGGAUUACCCAACUCCAUAUGCACCUGUUCUGGGAUGGGAACUUAAAGCUAUGCAACCCAAGCCAAUCAUGGUACUCAUAGUUACAAGAAGCGGAGGGGGUUCUGUAGAUACAAAGGUUUUUUGGACUGAGCGGUCAUGAAUCAUAAAGAGAGGUUGAUUGUGUUUUGCCUCCAAAACAUAAAUAGCCAGUAGCAAAUGUUGCGGAUAUCCCGUUCCACUCUAGGUUUAAUAGUACAUGUCUCCCAGUUGAAAGCAUGUUGAAAU